AUGGCGUUGGAUGAACUAAAUUUGUCAUUUCUGACACACCUUCCCCAGAUUCCAACUACGUCGCCCUUACUAAAGCGCUUGUUAACCGAAUAUGGAGCAAUUGAUAAUGGAAAGGAUAGUUUAAACAAGGUAGCACCGAAAAAAUCAAGUAGGCACAGAGUUCAAAAGGAAAAAAAGCGUUUGAAUGGUUUCAUGGCCUUUAGAUCAUUUUACUCUCGUAACAUUGCAAACUACAAUUCACAAAAAGCUCUUUCCCAAGAUCUUGCAGAUGCGUGGAAUCGUGAAAAACACCAACAAAUAUGGUCCUUGUAUGCCAUUCAAUAUAACCAUUCAAAGAGCAAGGAACCGUUUUCAAGAUGGUUAGAGAUGAAGCUUAGUAACAAAUUAGGGAAGUUCAACUCAGAUGAUCCCACCACUAGGCGGGAAAUCAAUGUGAUGUCCCAUAUAGUAGUCGAGGAUGUAUUUCAGGAAUGCAGUUCACAAUAUUGA